AUGUCAACGCCUACCAAGAUCACCCGCGGCUGCCUCUGCAAAGCCGUCAGAUACGAGGUUAACCUCCCCGAAGAUCACGACUUCAAAGCCAGCCUUCACCUAGACCUCCCCAUCCGCCCCGCCGCUCCACUCGCCAACUACCAAGUCAUCAAAGAUAACAUGCGCUGGUUCUGCACAUCGUGCGGCUCAUAUCUCGCGUGGGAGGGCAACGGGAUCAAGGGAACGAGGUGGAAGUUCUCUGUUGCUCAUGGGGUCAGGGGAUAA